CAACAACAUUAAAGUUAAUGUGUGUCUUUUUUUUUUACCAUCACAAUAAGCGUUAUAUUAUUUCCGUCGCAAUAAACGUAAAUAUAUGUCUAAUACCUACCUAGGAUUGCCACAAUAGUGCCAUAGGUUUUCGACCUGUAGGUCGUCCAGGAAGGGUAGUGAUGACGUCACGCUUGGUUGAUAAGUUAAUACUACGUCAGGUGUCUGAUCUCGAAGUGUGGGGAGGGGGGCAGAGUCCAAAAUACAGCCAGGUCUGGAACGUCCGUGAGAGCAAGGUGUUUGUGUGAGAGAGAAAGAGACGAAGCUUGUUGCAGCAAAAAUGGACAUGCCGAUGUCCUUCUACUGGUCUGACCAGGCCGUCAUUUUGUUUGACGGCUGGUCUGUGCAGGAUGCGACCGGCAUGGCCUUCAGUGUACUCGCGAUCAUCUGUUUCGGCGCGCUGUUCGAGGGUCUGAAGCGGCUGGUGGGGUGGGUGGGGAAGGGGAAGGGGUUAUGGGUCGACAGGGAGACACGGGACACGUCCGACCCGGAGGCCGAGGAGAGCACGCCGCUUCUCAGAUCACCCCCGGACGUCGCUCUGACCAGGAAGAGGAAGUUACGGUACCACCUAGCCCAGUCCCUGCUGCAUGUACUGCAGGUGGUGGGGGCCUACUGUCUGAUGCUGGUGGUCAUGACGUACAACGGCUGGCUGGCCAUCGCAGUCUUCCUGGGCGCCGGCAUCGGCUACCUCGUCUUCUUUGCAGACAUGGAACUCAAACAAACGUGAAAAACUCAAGCCAAAAAAUUUUACGACUCGCUUGUGUAACCUAGUUAGCUUUUGCUCAUAAUUACAAAAAAAGACUUCGCUAGUUCGGCAACCUGAGGAAAGACGAACCACUCCAUAGCAGAUAAUCAGAUACAAAGUCUGCGAAAGCUCCAAAUAUAAAGAUAGCUUAAAAUAUCGCAAAUAACAUUACUUCAAAUAUAUCUGUUUGUAUAAUAGAAGAGCCGAAACCAUCAUAUGGCAGAAGCUUCCAUAGAUUUUAUUU